CGAAGUCGCCUGGAGAUACACCUACACAGCAACAAUGGAGGAAAGCAGUGCACAGAGGCGACUGGAUUCAAUUUCUCGUCACCUUCUAUUGCAACCUCCUCAACCUAACCAUGGCCUUCAACAGGCGGUGUUAUUAAGUAAUGGGAAACCGGAAAGUGAAGGGUCAGAGGCUGUGGUGAUAGGAGGCAUGGUGUUGGACAUUCAUGCCACACCUUCCAUCCCUUCAAAUCCCAGAACCACCACUCCUGGCAAGGUCAGCUAUGUAUUAGGAGGGGUAGCAAGGAAUGUUGCCGAGUGCAUGUCAAAGCUAGGAGCUAAGCCCUUCAUGAUAAGCGCCUUGGGCCUUGACAUGGCAGGAAACUUAUUGUUGGAGCACUGGAAGUCUUCUAGGCUAUCUAUGGAAGGCAUUUUGAGGCACCAAAAUGUUGAGACUCCUGUUGUGUGCAACGUACUUGAUGUUAAUGGGGAGGUGGCCGCUGGUGUUGCGAGUGUAGAAGCUCUCGAAAAGUUUCUGACGCCCGAGUGGAUCCAACAGUUUAAAUACAGUAUACGCUCUGCUCCAGUGUUGAUGAUUGAUGCAAACCUGAAUCUUUCUGCUCUAAAAGCUUCUUGCCAAUUGGCAGCAGAAUCUAAAAUUCCAGUGUGGUUUGAGCCUGUAUCGGUAACAAAAUCUAGAAGAAUCAAUUCAAUUUCCAAGUAUGUAAGUUUUGCUUCACCCAACGAGGAUGAACUUGUUGCCAUGGCAAAUGCUUUAUCCGGUGGAAAUGUGUUUUCUCCAAUUGAAAGGGAUCAAUGCUCAACCGAAACUUUGUUCCAUAUGCUAAAACCCGCGGUCUGGGUUUUGCUAGAGAAAGGUAUCAAAAUAGUUGUUGUGACCGUUGGUUCAGAUGGAGUGUUCUUAUGCUCUAAAGGAGGGCCAAGCUUCAUGAGAACUGUUUGCAAGGGAAACAAACCAAAUGUUUCCAAUGCGGAAUUGUUUAACACUGUGACUGCAAGUUGUCCAUCAAGUGCGUUCUCAAAUCCUUUAGAUUCUGACAAAAGCUCGUUUCUCUUUGCUGUGCAAUUUCCUGCACUUCCUGCAUCGGUGGUAAGGCUUACAGGAGCUGGCGAUUGCUUGGUUGGGGGGACUGUUGCUUCCAUUUGUGCAGGUUUAGAUGUCAUGCAAAGUCUAGCAGUUGGUAUUGCAGCUUCCAAAGCUGCAGUUGAGGCAGAGACCAAUGUGCCUCGUGUACUUAAUCUGGCCGCAAUAGCAGAUGAUGCAAAGUUGGUAUACUCGGCUGCAAAAGUUGUGUUCCAUCAAUCAGUGCUUUAAAACCGUGGAAUUGUGAAUCAAGAGUUGAAUUGGUUGAAUUUUGCAUAUCAGAUGGAAAAUUUCGGUUGAGAACAAUGUCAGAUGGAAAUUUCCACUUGAGAAACAACCGUGAGUCUUUGUUGUCUUGUAAUGUCAUGCAUUUGAGUUUAUGAGCUACUGGAGUUGUUUACUGAUGAAAAAUAAUUAAUGAAGAAGCAAUGCUUAUGGUUUGUGUGAGUAA